CGCAACGCCGCUUCGUACAACUUGCACCGCUCGUCGUGUCUCAACGCUCAACAUGAAGUUCUUGGUUCUCGCUGUCGUUGUUCUGGCCGCUGCAGUUUACGCCGAAGAUCAACCGAUGGAAUCGAUGAAGGCCAAACGAGGUGUUCACUUCAGUCUGGGUUAUCAUCAUGCUCCAGCUGUCGUGUCACACUCCAUCGUAGCUCCAGCUCCAGUGAUUGCCCAUUCCGCCCCGCUUGUGGCCGCUCCCGUCGCCUACCAUGCGCCUCUGACCAAGACGUACGUCGCCCACGCCCCACUUGUGCACCAUGCCCCUCUGGCCGCCUAUCACGCUCCUCUGGCUGUUGCCCACGCUCCGGUGUAUCACCAUGGGGCCGUCUACUCCACCUUCCACCGUCGUUAAGGUGCCGCAGACAGGAGCAGGAGCUCUUUCGCUCUUUUCGGGAGUCCCCGUAGCCGACAGGCGUGUGUGCGUGUGUGCUUUGUUUAGUUGCGAACAAUAAAUUGAAAGG